UGUGUACGCUACUUUAUUUUCACCCUGACAGCUGACUAACUGUUGAACAGCAGGACUUCAAUAUUACUCAACUCCUCGAGCUUUCUGAUGUUAUCGUAGAAGAUGUUGUUCAGUCCAGCAGGUUUGACUGAGUGUUUUCGAGAAUGGGAGGAUUUAGAGAAGAAUUACCAACAGAUCCAGGACACCCAUCGUCUCUACAAACAGAAACUAGAGGAAGUGGCCAAACUGCAGGACAGCUGCUCUAGUGGCAUAGCCCGUCAGAGGAAGAAGCUAAAAGAGCUCACUGUGUCACUGGCAGAAUGCAAAACAAACACUCCAGCACCAACAUUAAGCCCGGAAGAGUUGGACGCCAUCACUGAAAUCGAGGACUCCAUCAUAGAGAGAGCAGAGGUUUUCUCUGAGAUGGAAGCUUUUCUGCCACAAAAGAACGGGUUAUACCUCAGCCUUGUCCUGGGAAACGUCAAUGUAACACUCCUCAACAAACACUCUAAGUUUGCCUACAAAGAUGAAUAUGAGAAGUUCAAACUGAUCCUCACAGUAAUCCUUUUCGUCUUCUCCUUCACGUGUCGCUUUCUGUUCAGCUCCAGAGCCCUUGAUGCCCUCUUCAACUUCCUGUUGGUGUGGUACUACUGCACGCUCACCAUCAGGGAGAGCGUCCUCAUCAGCAACGGCUCAAGGAUCAAGGGUUGGUGGGUGUUUCAACACUAUGUGUCCACCUUCCUGUCUGGAGUCAUGCUCACUUGGCCUGAAGGACCUCUCUAUCAGAUGUUCAGGAACCAGUUCCUAUCUUUCUGCCUUUACCAAAGCUUCGUUCAAUUCCUCCAGUACUACUACCAGAGUGGCUGUUUGUACCGACUCCGAGCACUUGGAGAAAGACACAACAUGGACCUCACAGUUGAGGGUUUCCAGUCCUGGAUGUGGAGAGGUUUGACCUUCCUCCUACCGUUCUUGUUCUUUGGUCACUUCUGGCAGCUCUACAACAGCACAACACUGUUUGAGAUGUCUCAGCUGUCAGAGUGUAAAGAGUGGCAGGUUAUGAUGUGCGGCUUCUCCUACAUGGUGCUCUUCAUGGGAAACUUCCUCACCACACUCGGAGUCGUUUACCAGAAAUACAUGAACAACCAAGACAAGCCCAAGAGCUUAUAAGAAUGAACCAAUGAACUGAGCACACUCACCAAAAUCCUCCAUUGUAUGCAGAAACCAAAGCUCCAACAUCGUCUUUGUCGAUGCUCUGAUUUUCGUCUUUGUUUUUACAUGUACUGCCACUUUAUCAAUGUCCCUCUAAAUUCAAGACUGUAAAUAUCAAAAUGAGCUGUCCCAAAGACCAACCAGGUACCUCACAGGUUUUACUAAGUGACAGCGUCAGGGUUCUGAGUUUGUCAGUAUUGAAUGUGUUACUGAAUUAACAUCAGAUUUAGUGAAAUAUUUAUUUAGGAAAAUCUACAGUUUGUUACUGAGCAAUCACAUGAUGAAGCCUUAUAAAGUAGCAUUUUAAACACUCCUCCAAACCCUCCACUUUGUUUGUUUACAUGGUUUCAUUCAAAGUUUCUGAAAUUGUUUCAUUUCAGUUCAUAUUUGAGGCCCAAAUGUUUGAUAAUCCUUUAAUGUUUAAGGAAAGUAAAGGUUGGAGAAAGAUGAAAUAAAAGCGCAACAGAUUUGUUUUGUUGUGGAAUAAUA